ACUUACUGACACUCGCUGUCGUCUAGAGAAGAAAUGGCACAGCAAGGGAUUCAGCUGAAUCGAGAAAAACUGAGCUGUUCAAUCUGUCUGGAUCUCCUGAAGGAUCCGGUGACUAUCCCCUGUGGGCACAGCUACUGCAUGAGCUGUAUUAAAGACUGCUGGGAUGAGGAGAAUCAGAAGAAGGAAACGCACAGCUGCCCUCAGUGCAGACAGAGCUUCAGACCGAGGCCUGCCCUGGUGAAAAAUACCUUGUUAGCAGAGUUAGUGGAGGAACUGAAGGAAGUAGGACUCCAAGCUGCUUCAUCUGAUCCUUCCUAUGCGGGACCUGGAGACGUGGCCUGUGAUUUAUGCUCUGGGAUGAAGCUGAAAGCCUUCAAGUCCUGCCUGAUGUGUAUGGCCUCUUACUGUGAGCAACACCUCCAGCCUCACUACGAUGUUGCUCCAUUAAAGAAACACAAGCUGGUUGAAGCCACUUUAAAGCUCCAGGAGAACAUCUGCUCUCGCCACGACGAGGUGAUGAAGAUUUUCUGCCGCACUGAUCAGCAGUGCAUCUGCUAUCUCUGCUCCAUGGAUGACCAUAAAGGUCACGACACAGUCUCCGCUGCCGCAGAGAGGGCUGAGAGGCAGACGGAGCUCAGGGCGAGUCGGCAAAAGAUCCAACGGAGAGUCCAGGACACCGAGACAAAUGUCAAAGUGCUUCAACAGAGGGUGGGGGCUAUCAAUCUUUCGGCUGAUGAAGCUGUGAGGGACAGUGAGAAGAUGUUCACAGAGUUGAGGCGUCUUAUUGAUAAAAGAAGCUCUGAAGUGAAGCAGCAGAUCAGAUCCCAGCAGAAAACUCAAGUGAAGCAAGCUGAAGAGUUUGUGGAAAAGCUGCAGCAGGAGAUCACUGAGCUGCGGAGGAAAGACGCUGAGAUGGAGCUGCUCUCAAGCACAGAGGAUCACCUCCAUUUCCUGACCAGCUACCCCUCGCUGUCCUGUCUGAGCGAGUCUACAGACUUACCCAGCAUUGAUACCCAUCCUCUUCACUCAUUUAAGCAUGUGGCAGCGGCUGUGUCGGAGGCCAGAGAUAAACUGCAGGCUGUUCUGAGUGAGGAAUCCAGAAAGAUCUCUCUGGCAGUGACUGAAGUCGAUGUUUUACUGCCUCAAGCAGAGCCCAAAACCAGAGAUGACUUCAUGAAAUAUUCUUGUCAACUCACACUGGAUCCAAAUACGGCACAUAAACGUUUGUCAUUGAGUGACGGGAACAGAAAAGUAACAUUAAUGGCAGUAGAACAGUUAUAUUCAGACCACCCAGACAGGUUUUGUGAAAGGUGGCAGGUCCUGAGUAGAGAGGGUCUGACUGGACGCUGUUACUGGGAGGUGAAGUGGAGCGGGACAGUUUUUAUAGCAGUUGCAUACAAAGAUAUUAGCAGAACAGGGACCAGGGAUGAAUGUGGGUUUGGAUUUAAUAACAAAUCUUGGUCAUUGAAAUGUUUCAGUGGUGGUUAUGAAUUCAGACAUAACAAAAUUCAUAGUUCCGUCUCGGGCCCUCAGUCCUCCACAAUAGGAGUUUAUCUGGAUCACAGUGCAGGUACUCUGUCUUACUACAGCGUUUCUAAAACCAUGACUCUCCUCCACAGAGUCCAGACCACGUUCACUCAGCCUCUCUAUCCUGGAUUAUGGAUUGUAAAUAAUACUGGAGACAAUGCUGAGUUGUGUUAGCUCAAGCAGACAGGAGUUCAGAGAACGAUUCAUCUCUAAUCAGUAAAUGUAGAGGCGUGUCUGCACUGCUACAAUCAAACAUAGUCGGUGGGACUGUGGUGAUUUUUUAUAUUGUUUUGUUUGCGUCAUAGCAUUCAUUGAAAAUGUGUCAAUGUUUUAUUUUUUGCUUUAUAGGAAUUUAACUAUCUUGCUUUUAUGUUAUAUUUACAGAACAUUUUUUAGUAUAUACUGAGCAUGUUAAAUAUUUUAUACGCAAAACAUCUGUUGUUUUUUUUAUUGUCACUCUUUAAAUUGGAUUAAUUUUAUAUAUCAACAGGCUGAAUUAUGUAUGAAAAAUAAUAUUAGAAUAAAAUAAUAAUGUGUGUAUAGAUGUAUUUACGCAGAUUGUUUUCAGCAUCUGUCAAAUGUAUCUAAUAAAAAACAUAAAACAGUUAUUUUUAGUUGUACCGUAUCUUCAUGAGCAUAAGUUGUGUAAUUUAGUGUUUACUUUUUAAUACAUACUGCUGUCUGUGUGCUGCCACUGUACUGAUAUUGUAAAAUCACAAUACUUUUUUUAUGUUUUAAAUGUAU